AUGAGUCCCUGUUCGGAUCAAGGCCUGCCUCAAGACGACCAGCAUUCUCCAACCAGACCAACUAUUUUGUCUUUGCCAAGUCGCCAAUCCGAGGAGGAGCCCAGUUGCGGCGAUCCUUUCCCUCUUCCUCCUGCUGCUCCUUUGGACAGCACUGCUCUCUCGCUACCUGCUGUCCCCGUUGCCAGGCCACUCUACUCAGAGGCAUCCAGUCUUCCGCGUACUCUAGAAAGCUAUUUUUCCGCAAUGCCGGCACCAUUCCCUUCUGGAUGCGGCGAACAACCUCAGCCACCCUUCCAGCACUCAAGUCCUCCGAGCCAGACUCGUUCACUUCAGACGCCAUGCCCAGACCCUGUUAAGCCCAAUGCACCGGCCAGUACCGUAUCCUCUUUCUCUUCCAACUUCUUCUUCACCUCCUCACAGUCCUCCACCAUUCUGCCUCGGCUAUCUGACUCUGUCACAAACGAGCCCUCAGUCUGGGGCUCGACCUUAUACCCGGGCUCGCUGACACGGCAUGCGCUACCAGGUGAGCUACAUCCUGGUCAGCCCAGACAUGUCGGUUCUGCGAACAAAGGGGCAGCAGUUCGGGGCAGCAGUCAUCAAAGUCUGAAUCAACUUGACACGGAAGGUUCUGAUUGGAAUCGUCCUUCGGCUGUAGAAGCCAAAGGCCGCGCGGCACCUAUGCUUGGCGUAGCCUCCCUCAGUUUGGAUGAGUAA